AUGCCUGUAUUUGAUAAUUUAUUCUCCCUUUUCUUCUUUGUACAUUUCUCCCCACCCCUGCUUCCACAUUCUUUUUCUAUUAUACUUUUUUUUAUCCUUCUAUAUUUCCUUUUCUUUUUUAUUUAUCAAAUCCUUUCUUCCUUCCUCCUGGUCAUCAUUUUUGCAUAUUCAGAUUUCUCAAUUUCGGCCAUUUUUCUUUCGUUUGUUAAUUCGUUCGUUCCUUUGAUUCUUUGUACCUUCCUUUGCUUUCAUCUGUAUUCAUUCAUGUCUUCUUUUACAAAUCAUUUCCCUUUGUCCUUUUCUUCGACUAAUUUCUGUUUACCUUCAUUUCCUCAAUUUUUAUUUACAUUUUCUUUCUUCCUUUCCUUUAUACUUCUUUUUUUUAAAUUUCUUAUUUCUCUUCUUCCAUUUUCCGUCUUUCCAUGUCUACGUUUAGCGACAUCUUUAUUGUCCCUUGUUUUACAUCCAUUUCGGAAUGCUUCUUUUUUCAUCUUUCCUCUUCGCAACAAUAAUUUUCAUUUAUUCUUCUACAUUUGCAUAUAUUUCUCGCAGUGUAUUGUCUUCAGCAUUCUUGUCAGCCUCUCUUCAUUUUUUUUUAUUCUUUCGGGAGUCAUUCAUACUUUCCUUCAUGUUUAUUCACGUUUCUCUCCCAACAUUUCUUGA